GAUUUUUCAGGGAAGGAACCAAACACCCUGAGUUGUCAGCAGCUUGUCCGUGCCUCUGAACCACCAGCCUCCUGUCAUUCAGCUGAAUCAGAGGAAUACUUCUUCAGUCACCUGCUAAGGUGUCCACAUCCCCUGUUUGUAUAUUUGGCUGAAUCACAGGUUCUAUGAGCAGCCACUAACCACAGAGUCGUGGACAAUGGCCCCCCACCCUUUACCAAAGCCUGGCUCCUCGAUUCGGGAAUAGUGAGGGUAGGAGCGAUUAAAUAGUCUGGAUGAAAGCUUGAGGACAUACGGUUUGCCGGAGAGAAAAAGUGAAUAUUCUCACUUCUUGAUCUCUGCCAACUUUAUAUUGGCCCAGCUGCUGCUCAGGGCAAACACACUAGUCCAGAGUUAGCUGUGCCCCUAAGAUACGUGUCACCCCAAGCCACAGGCCAGCACCGAAAUGCAGGUCUCCCCACCCGCACAAAGGAGCUCUAUCCUCAAAAGAACUUUGUUUCUUGACCAGCUCGCUAAUUGUGAUUGAAAACACCAGCUCCCCAGCAAUGCUCACGCAUCCGAGUUAGCAGAAACAAGACAGGCCCUAAUUGCUCCAUUUACAUAAAAGUAGAAACAUACAACUUCUAAAUAUAAAUCUCUGGCACAUCGUUUCUUUUGCAAUUACAGUAAAAUAAGGUACCAGUUUCCCUCCGGGCUCCUCCUCACAGCAAGCUGCUCCCCGGGUUCGCUAGUGGCUGCUCCUCCAGGCGAGCACAGGGCCAGCUUGGAGUUGGAGCUUUGUGAAGUAGCCAGUAAAUCAGAACGCCUCCGCUAGGUGCAGCGCGGUGGCAGCGGGCCACUCUGCCAGUGCGGUAGUCGGUGGGACCGAACUCCACACUCGGGAAAGGGGCAGUCUGCGGACGCCAGGCCUGUGCUGCCGCUCGCCUCGGUCGGCCCUGAGACCGCCAGCCCCACUGCAGGUCCGGGUCCCUGACAUUCCCUGGCACUGAGGGCUGGGAUCAGAGAUUCCCAGCUGCACUCACUGAACAGUGAUUUUUUUUUCUUCCCCUCCCUGAAUUCUUUAGCUGCCCAAAGGGGGGGGGGGGGGAAAUCAAGAGCUGCGCUUUUAAACGAAGUUGCCCUUGCUGGUGUUCAGGGUAAAAAUAGAGGCGGCCGCUUGGACCGGCUUGGCCCUGAGUCCAGGCGUCCCGCGAGCCGGGCUGGAGCUGCGCAUUCGGGAGUGAUCCCUGGAAACUGCCAGCAGGUGCUGCUCAAGAGAAUUUGCUGAAGAGGAGAAGAAAAAAAAAGUCCAAAAAACCUGUGCGUGAGGUGGGGGGAGGAAAAGCAGGGCCUUUAAAGAAGGCAACCACACGACUUUUGCUGCCAGGAUGCCCUUGCUUUGGCUGAGAGGAUUUCUGUUGGCAAGUUGCUGGAUUAUAGUGAGGAGUUCCCCCACCCCAGGAUCCGAGGGGCACGGCGCAGCCCCGGACUGCCCGUCCUGUGCGCUGGCCACCCUUCCGAAGGAUGGACCUAACUCUCAGCCAGAGAUGGUAGAGGCUGUCAAGAAACACAUCCUAAACAUGCUGCACUUGAAGAAGAGACCCGAUGUCACCCAGCCGGUGCCCAAGGCGGCGCUUCUCAACGCGAUCAGAAAGCUUAAUGUGGGUAAAGUGGGGGAAGGGUAUGUGGAGAUAGAGGACGACAUUGGCAGGAGGGCCGAAAUGAAUGAGCUCAUGGAGCAGACCUCGGAGAUCAUCACCUUUGCCGAGUCAGGCACAGCCAGGAAGACACUGCAUUUUGAGAUUUCCAAGGAAGGCAGUGACCUGUCAGUAGUGGAGCGUGCAGAAAUCUGGCUCUUUCUGAAAGUCCCCAAGGCCAACAGAACCAGGACCAAAGUCACCAUCCGUCUGUUUCAGCAGCAGAAGCAUCCACAGGGCAGCUUGGACAUGGGGGAAGAGGCCGAGGAAAUGGGCUUAAAGGGGGAGAGGAGUGAACUGUUGCUAUCGGAGAAAGUGGUCGAUGCUCGGAAGAGUACCUGGCACAUCUUUCCCGUGUCUAGCAGCAUCCAGCGCCUGCUGGACCAGGGGAAGAGCUCCCUGGAUGUGCGGAUUGCUUGUGAGCAGUGCCAGGAGAGCGGUGCCAGCCUCGUGCUCCUGGGUAAGAAGAAGAAGAAAGAAGUGGAUGGAGAUGGGAAGAAGAAAGAUGGAAGUGAUGGAGCGGUGGAAGAGGAAAAGGAGCAAUCACACAGACCUUUCCUCAUGCUGCAGGCUAGGCAGUCGGAAGACCAUCCUCACCGCAGGCGUAGGCGGGGCUUGGAGUGUGACGGCAAGGUCAACAUCUGCUGUAAGAAGCAGUUCUACGUCAGCUUCAAGGACAUUGGCUGGAAUGACUGGAUCAUUGCUCCCUCUGGCUAUCAUGCCAACUAUUGUGAGGGUGAGUGCCCAAGCCACAUAGCAGGGACCUCUGGGUCCUCACUCUCCUUUCACUCAACCGUCAUCAACCACUACCGCAUGAGGGGUCACAGCCCCUUUGCCAACCUUAAGUCAUGUUGUGUGCCCACCAAGCUGAGACCCAUGUCCAUGCUGUAUUAUGAUGAUGGCCAAAACAUCAUCAAAAAGGACAUCCAGAACAUGAUCGUGGAGGAGUGCGGCUGCUCCUAGAGCUGCCAGGUCCCAGAGGAAACGGAUCUAGAAAGUCCAGAGAAGACAGUGGCAAAAUGAAGAAAAAUAUAAAAUAUCUGAAUUAAACAAAACAACCAGAAAAAUAGAAAUAAAAAACCCACAAAAACAAAAACUAAACUGAAAACAAAACCUAAUGAAACAGAUGAAGGAAGUUGUGGAAAAUAUCCUAAGCCAGGGCUCAGAGAUGAAGCAGAGAAGGAAACAGGGAUUGGGAGGAAAAGAGAGAAUGGUGUACCCUUCGUUUCUUCCAAAACCAAACUGAUUGCAUCAGUUUUAUCCAAACUGGGUAUUGUCCUCUCUCCUGCCUCUUGCGGUUCCCUUGCGAGCCUGGAAGUCUACUUGUCUAUUCUGCAGUAAUGUGGGCUAGCACAACCCAAAUAUGUCUAGAAAGCCAUGAGUUUUAAAGGGCCAGUCCCACCCAGAUACCCAGGUCAUAAGUAUGUCUAUGUGACACUAUCUCUGUGUAUUUCAGUGUGUGCACAUAUGUGUGUGCACACACACAGGCACACACACACACACACACACACACACACACACACAGAGGUAUUUCCACACACCACAUGCAUACACAUACUGGUAAAAGAACAAUUCUGUGCAGGUGGUCACAUUUUCUUUUCUGUACCACUUUUGCCACCAGACAAAGCCAACAUAAAGCAUUGAGAACAAGAAUGGGAGGAGUGAAAGACGAAGGAAGAAAGAAUACCAAGUCACAUUUCGUUAAGGUGCUUACGCUCUUAGAACUAUGCAACCUAAUAGGUUUGAAACUGUUUACCUGAAAGAGGACAAAAAGAGAGACUUUUUGUAUUGGAAGUAACCUGAUUAAUUUUUAUUUUCUUCAAGGAGAGAUACUUGAAAGGAAUAUGUUUGUCCAUCUGUUGGAUUCAAACAUUUCUAUAUUUUGUAAAUGUUGUUUUUUUUAUCGUUUACUAUUUGCACUACAAUGGUGUUUGACCUGUCUAAUCCUUAUUUAACAAGUAUUUUCUUUGGGUGGGGGUGGGGGUGGGGUUUAAGAGCUGCACUUCAUGUGAGCUAUAAAAGAACUGCUACAGCACACAAAAUAGCUAUUUUUAUUAUUAUAAUUAUAAUUAUUAUUAUGAUUUUGUACCUUAAAAAUAGACACAUACACCAAAGACAUUUGUGUGAGCCUUUAAACAGUCUGUCUGUGGUUGAUAUUGUUCGCCAUCAAUGAGUCAGGGCUUGAGGGUUAAGGUUGAGUCAGGUGGAUUGUGUUCAGGCUUAAGAGACCUGAGAGGUUUGGAUUUUGACUCGUUUUUACAUCCAUGAAACAGGACAUUUCAUACUGGAUGUACAGUAGUGUACACUGUUGGAUUAUCAAGUUCAAAUUCAUGAGACUACAUGCUUGUAUGUGUAUAUAUACAUUGCUUGUGCAUAUGCAUAUCUGUGUGUAUAUAUACAUGUAUUGUACCAUGUCCAUACACAUUUAAGCACUUCAGGCUGUCAUUUUUUAAAUGUUCUUAAAACAAUGAAUGUUUGUGUGCAAAACACAGUAUUUUUAAGAAGGAUAAGUGAUAGAUUUUUCUUGCUUUUACUCUGUAUUAGGUGGGUACAUUUCAAAUAUUUGGAUGGGAAAAAGCCUGAAAAUCCCAGCGAGUAUCCAGCGAGGCCCUCUUUAAGUGUACAAGAUGAAACCCCCCUCUUUCUCACCCCUGCUCCCUACAAGUUAUCCCCUGUGGGGAAAACAGGAUGUUAAUAAAAACAGUGGGCUGAGUUUUUUCAACUUAUAUUUAUUAUUUAUGGAAUCAAUCUUAAAUCAGAAACUUUUCGGGAAAAAAUAUCUCUAGGCUAGAAUGAAAGUUCUUUUUUUUUUUUUAAAAAAAUAGUGUUGUUACUACUUAAAUAAUAAAAUACUCAAGAAAGUAUUUAAGGCAGUGGGAGAUAAGAGCAAGAACACUUAGAAGCAGGGAGUAGGGUAGUUGUACAAAUCUCUAAUAUUUUAUUUUACAGCCAAAAAUAUUGACCUGUAAGUUUGUAUUUUUCAGAGGCAAAACUGAAAAGAUUGUCUUAUAAAUAUCAAAAUACAUGCUUAAACCCAAGUCUCUAAUUUAGCCCUCUGUUUUGCUUGCCUAAAACAACUGAUAAACUAUACAUCUAUGUAUUUAAAAUACAGAGCCUUAUUUUUACGGACUUGUUGGAAGUUUGAAAACUUUAUAAAAAAAAUGAAAAUCUCUAAUUGAGAAAAACUAUAUUCCUUGGUAUUUUAUAAAACAUUGAAACUUUUAGCAUUAAGUCAGUCCAUAGACUAAAGUCAUUGUAGGAAAAUGAAAUACAAGUGAGAAAUUAAAUCUUACAAAAGCAGAUUUAACUCUUAAAAAAUAACUAAAUCAAUAUAUAUAUUCUAUAUACUAAGUCAAUAUACACCAUCACAUUAGGCUGUAUGUAGGCAAUCUACUUUAGUCUUGUUACUGGGCAAACAUACUUACUAUGUUUCAGGGGCCUUCCCUGUUUUAUGCAGGAAAUGCAUGUACUGCAUAAGAAAUGAAUUAUAAUUAAGGUCCAUUGACCUUGGAGAUCUUGCAUGUGGGGACAAAUGGCAUGGUGAGGAAAAUUGAGGGGAAGUAGACGGCCAGGUUCAACUUUGCCAAUUUUUAAUGAAAAAUUUUAAGGUCCUCUGAAUGGUUUCCUUAGUACUGGAGCUAAAACUGGGACCUAUAGACAUAGUAGAGGUCUACUGUGCCAUAUCAGAGCCUAUCUAGACCAUGGGAAAAGCAGGAUUUAUGAAACUACUAAUUAUAGUUCUCAUUCAUCUGAGAAGGAUCUGUAAUCUUUUAAAGUCCUUUAAAUUCUAGAUGUAUUGGGGGUAAGCGCGGGUUUGAUUAGUAACCAUAGUAAUUAAAUCUAGGAACAAAAUGAAUUCCACAGGACAGUGUAAUGAUUGGAGAUCAAGUGACUUGGUUGUCACAUACCAAUAAACCACAUCAGAGCUCAUCAAAUUGGUAUGGCCUUGCAAUAGAAUUUAAAUUGUUAACAUCUCUAAGCACAUUAGAUAUUUUGCUAUUGUUAGCACUCUCAGAAAACACAAGUCUUGUGAACAACUGGUCCUUUUACAUAGCUGCUUAGUCCAAAAAAAUCAAAAGCUUUGACCAUCUAACAUCUUAGUUUCUUCAUGGUGUGUUUUACCUAGCAUCAAAGUGGCUCUAUCUAGUCUUCUCACUUUCUCUAGGAUAAUUGUGAAGUAUCUGCCCACAUGAAUUCCAGAAGUUAUGAAGAGCAUCUGUGCUCAACAUCUCUUUGAAAAUUAAAUACUUUGUAAGCUUGACUGACACCCCCCACACCCCUAAAAUAAGGCACAUUCCAGCACAAUGACUGGGAUUUUCUUAUCCUAGAAGACCGACCAAUUCCAUGUUCAUUUAAGAUUGAUUCCACACUCCAUUAUCAAGGAGAGAGGCCUUGCAUCUUCCUGAAAGGCAGAAUAAGCAAAAUUGUUUCACAUUUGCGGGACUGAACUCAAGAGGUGACUAAGGAAAAAGAGUAAACAUGCCUCAUUUGUAGUAAAUAUACAUCUAAAUGAUUGUGGUCACUUGAAAAAAUAUGAUUUCCUGUGGGCCUUUUAGCAAUUUCUCUUUUCAAUAUAGACAAAAACUCAGUUACCCCCGACGCCCGCACACGUGAAACUUGUAGGUGUGGGCAGGAGGUUUGGGGAUGAACACUGUAUGUGUUUAAAGUAAACCCUGUAACACGGAGAAGCUAUUGGAUGGCUCAGAGAUAAUGAAUGCUAUGAUGCUGUUCACAUCUUCAAGAGCAGAAUCACAUGUCUCAGCUAUAUUAUUAUUUAUUUUUAUGCAUAAAGUGAAUCAUUUCUUCUGUAUUAAUUUUUCAGUGGGUUUUACCCUCUAUUUAAAUGCUUUGAAAAACAGUGCAUUGACAAUGGGUUGAUAUUUUUCUUUAAAAGAAAAAUAUAAUUAUGAAAGCCAAGAUAAUCUGAAACCUGUUUUGUUCUAAAACUUUUGUGUUAUGUGGUUGGUGUUUGUUUGUUUUUAUUUUUAUUUUGUGAGUUCUCUUGCAUACUAUAUGCGAUUCUUUAACCAAUGUCUGUUUGGCUAAUGUAAUUAAAGUUGUUAAUUUAUAUGAGUGCAUUUCAACUAUGUCAAUGGUUUCUUAAUAUUUAUUUUGUAGAAGUACUGGUAAUUUUUUAUUUACAAUAUGUUUAAAGAGAUAACAGUUGGAUAUGUUUUCAUGUGUUUAUAGCAGAAGUUAUUUAUUUCUAUUCCAUUCCAGCGGAUAUUCUGGUGUUUGCGAGGCAUGCAGUCAAUAUUUUGUACAGUUAGUAGGCAGUAUUCAGCAAUGCCUGAUAGCUUCUUUGGCCUUAUGUUAAAUAAAAAGACCUGUUUGGGAUGUA